AUGAUGAACACCCGCUACUCCCAACAACUCGCUCCCCUAUUACUCCGCCAUGGUUCCAGGGUCGCCUUCCAAAGAGGCGCACGAUUCCCUAGACAACUGCCUGCGGUCGCCAUCUUAAUUCCACAUAAGGCUGCAUCCACGGAUACAUCUCAGAGAAGUGGCGACAAUGGACCGCCACCGGGCUUCAACAUGGAGCAGGCUAAGAAGCCCCUUCCAAAGGAUCAGGAGAACGCCGGCACCAAGUCUUCAAAGCCAGAUUCCGCCGUUAGUAUAUCGUCAACGAAAGCGUCCGAGAAUCCGCCCACACAAGCCGCUGAGCAGGCUGCGCUCAAUGAAUUAGCUGCAGCAAAGGCCGCAGAAGACAAAUCUGAGCAGAAGAAGGAAGUGGCCAAGAAGGAGGGAAAGAAGAAGAUGAACAUCUGGCAGAAGGUCAAGCACGAAGCGCAGCACUACUGGGAUGGUACCAAGCUGUUGGCGACAGAAGUGAAGAUCUCUUCGAAAUUGGCCUUGAAGAUGGCUGCUGGAUACGAGCUCACCCGGAGAGAGCACAGGCAGCUGACCAGAACGGUGCAAGAUAUCGGGCGUUUGGUACCCUUUUCUGUCUUUGUGAUAGUGCCAUUUGCAGAAUUGUUGUUGCCCGUUGCUCUCAGAUUAUUCCCGAAUAUGCUCCCAUCGACAUACGAGGACGCAACGAGCAAGGAGAAGAAGGCGACCAGGUUACGAUCAUCGCGGAAGGAGGUGUCUCAAUUCUUGCGGCAAACCAUGAGAGAGUCGGGUCUGCCCAUCUCUGCUGCCACGGCGCAGAAGGAAGAGUUUACUGAGUUCUUCCGCAAGCUACGUGCCACUGGAGAAGAGCCGACCAAGUCAGACGUUAUCAAAGUCUGCAAGCUCUUCAAGGAUGACUUGACACUGGACAACUUGUCAAGACCACAACUCGUUGGGAUCUGCAGAUAUAUGAACCUGAGCACAUUCGGCACGGAUGCCAUGCUGCGAUACCAGAUUCGUCACCGGAUGAGGCAAAUCAAGCGUGACGAUCGUGCGAUCAGCUUUGAGGGAGUCGACUCUCUUUCUGUGCCAGAGCUUCAGACCGCCUGCGCCGCCCGAGGUCUCCGAACACAUGGCGUGAGCCCUGGCCGCCUUCGCGAUGACCUCUCGCUCUGGCUUGACCUCCGUCUCAAGUACGGCGUCCCCAGCACUCUCCUCGUCCUGAGCAAUGCUUUCAUGUACGCCCAAGGCAAGGAAACCGAAUUCGAAUCCCAACUCUCCGCCCUGCAAGCCGUCCUCUCAUCCAUCCCCGAGGAGCUCUUCCACGAAAUCGAGCUUGAAGUGCACAAUGCCGAAGGCGCCACGACGAACAAGCAACGUCUAAAGGUCAUUCGCGAACAGCAAGAACUCAUUCAAGAAGAGAACGAGCAGACGGAGCAGCAGAAGGCUUCCGGAAGGGAGACUACCAAUGUGAAUGACAAGGAGGAUAUCGAUGAGAAGGACGAAGAACAGAAGCAGGAAUCCGCCUUGUCGAAGCAAGCACAGGAAGACGCGGACAGAGAAAUGAGAGAUGCGGAACUCGAUCUGGAUCGCCAGCAGGCGAAAUUCGAAAGACCGACGCAUACACACGACGCGCACGAGAAGAUGGAGGCUUCGAAGGCGGGCACGAAGGAAGGACCUAGUCCGACCCAGGAGAAGGGUGAUCAGGUGAAAGUGGGCUAG